GACCCAGACCUGCAGCCCGUCCUCUUUGGACUGUUCCUGUCCAUGUACCUGGUCACGGUGCUCGGGAACCUGCUCAUCAUCAUGGCCGUCAGCUCUGGCUCCCACCUCCACACCCCCAUGUACUUCUUCCUCUCCAACCUGUCCUUCGCUGACAUCGGUUUCACCUCCUCUACAAUCCCAAAGUUGAUUGUGGACAUCUUAAAUCACAUCAGCGUCAUCUCGUAUGUAGGCUGCCUGAUACAGAUGUCUGUUUUCAUCCUAUUUGGAUGUAUGGACAACACGCUUCUGACUCUGAUGGCCUAUGACCGCUUUGUGGCCAUCUGCCACCCCCUGCAUUACUCAACCAUUAUGAACCCUCGCCUCUGUGUCUUGUUUCUUUUGCUCUCUGUAUUUGUUGGCCUUCUGGUGUCCCAGCUGCACAACUUAAUUGCUCUACAAUUUACCUGUUUCAAAGAUGUGAAAAUUGCUAGUUUCUUUUGUGACCCUUCUCACCUCCUUAACCUUUCAUGUUCUGAUACUAUAAUCAUAACCAUAGUCCUAUAUAUUUUUGGUACUAUAUUUGGCCUUGUUCCCAUGUCAGGGACUGUUUUCUCUUACUAUAAGAUUAUUUCCACUGUUAUGAAAAUCCCCUCUUUGGGUGGGAGGUACAAAGCCUUUUCUACCUGUGGUUCUCACCUGUCAGUUGUUUGCUUAUUUUAUGGAACAUGUUUUGGAACAUAUCUUGGUUCAACUGUGUCAUAUUCUCCCAGCACAGGUGAGGUUGCCUCCCUGAUGUACACUGUGGUCACCCCGAUGCUGAAUCCCUUCAUCUACAGCCUGAGGAACAGGGACAUUCUUAACUCCCUGAAGAUGCUCUGCAGUUGGACAGUCCAAUCCCAGGACCUGUUUUCAAGCAAUAUAGAAACAGAAAAUCUAACACAGAUCUCAAAAUUCCAUCUCUUGGGCUUCUCAGAGGACCCAGACCUGCAGCCCGUCCUCUUUGGACUGUUCCUGUCCAUGUACCUAAAUCUAACACAGAUCUCAAAAUUUCAUCUCUUGGGCUUCUCAGAGGACCCAGACCUGCAGCCGGUCCUCUUUGGACUGUUCCUGUCCAUCCUCUUGGACAAUCUUCUCCACAAUUUGAUUGUCUUACAAUUUACCUACUUCAAGGAUGUGGUCAUUUCCAAUUUCUUCUGUAGCCCUGCUCAACUCCCUGAUCCUGGCUGUUCUGACAACUUCUUCACUAACAUUGGAAAAUAUGUUGCUGGUGUUUUAUUUGGCUUUUUUCUCAUCGCAGGGAUAUUUUUAUCUUACUGUAAAGUUAUUUCUUCCAUUCUGAGAAUCUCAUCACCAGGAGGAAAGUUAAAGCCUUCUCCACCUGUGGGUCUCACCUGUGAGUUGUUCUCAUAUUUUAUGGAACAAGAACUGACUGGUGUGUACUUCAGUUCAGCUGUAUCUCGACUCCCACAAAUUGUUGAGAGGCCUCAGUCAUUUACACCUUGGUCACCCCACUGCAAAAUCCGUUCAUCUACAGUCUGA